AUGGCUAACAAAGAGACAAGCUCCCCAGAAGAAGCCAUCCAGGUCCAAUCUCACAUUCAUGAGUCGCCCGAGCAUUCCGAAUUUUCGCACGGCCAGAAGAAUUGCAUCAUUGGUCUGGCGGCGUUCGCAGGCUGGUUCUCCUCAGUCAGUAGCUUCAUCUACUUCCCAGCCAUACCAGCGAUAGCCAACGAUCUUGACGAGAGUAUCGAGAGGAUCAACCUCACGGUCACAUCGUACCUCAUUGUGUCGGGGAUUUUCCCAUCGAUUACGGGGAAUGAAGCGGACCGUUUCGGGAGGCGGCCUGUAUUUCUCACCGCUUUGACAGUCUACCUGCUGUCGAAUACUGGCCUGGCCCUGCAAUCCAAUUUUGGGCUCCUGUUCUUCUUGCGCAUGGUCCAAAGUGCAGGUAUCUCAGGCACAUUCUCCGUCACAUACGGCGUCUUGAGCGACCUGUUCACCCCUGCUGAGAGAGGGGGCUAUGCAGGCGUCAUCUCCUUUUUUCUGAACACACCGCCCAGUAUCGGUCCUCUUCUGAGUGGCUUGUUGCUGCUGCGGUGGUCAUGGCGCUCCAUCUUCUGGUUUCUCUCAGCUGCUACACCGUGCUGUCUCAUACCUAUAGCACUUUUCCUUCCAGAAACCAAUAGAGCCAUCGUUGGGAACGGGAGUGUACGAGCACGUGGGAUCAAUCGACCCCUGUUGCCUCUUCUUGUCCCGAAUGUGGCUGUCAAGUCUGUGGAUGGUCAGGCACCGGAUCAAGAGAAGACGCGGGCAAGGGCGUCGAUGAACCCAUUUACAUCCAUCAAGCUUCUUCGAUCCCCCGGCAACGUCUUCAUGAUGUCGGCGUACGGUGUGGGCUACGCGACGUAUUCGUGUCUGCAGGCAUCGCUGUCUUCAUUAUUCCUCGAUAUUUAUGAAAUAUCAGGACUCACUAGUGGGCUCAUCUACAUACCCUUUGGUGUUGCAUGCGCUCUGUCUGCUUUUGCCACUGGCAAACUACUCGACAGAAACUUCCGGAAGACAGCCACUGAGUUGGGCGUUCCUGUCACCCGAAACAAAGCUGACAACCUUUCGACAUUCCCAGUUGAGAAAGCGAGACUCCGGACAAUUGUACCGCUCAUUUCCCUAAGUGCCUGCCUGAUUACCGCAUACGGUUGGCAACUACAGACGGGCGUGGUCAUGGCCGGUCCACUUGUUACGCAAUUCUUCAUUGGUCUUACCAUCCAGACCAUGUUCACGGCGCUGAGCACACUGCUCGUCGACGCCAACCAAGAAUGCCCAUCCACGGCACAAGCUGCGUGCAACCUUGUACGCUGCGAGAUGGCUGCGGGCUAUCUUGCAGCGCUUGACCCUCUGCUCCGAGCCAUAGGACCUGGAUGGACCUUUUUGCUCUUAGCUGGCGUUCUGCUUUUGUCGGUGAUUAUGCUUCUUGCUCUGCAAUGCAAAGGGUUGCAUUGGCGGCAGAAAAGGUCGGGUGCAAAGCCUAUACAAGGGCCAAAGGGAAGGAUGGUGGCUGUAGACGAUCAAAGAGAGUUGGACACUUCCGAGGUCGAGAACAACCCGAUCGGCAUGCAAACGGGGACGAAGAGCCAACCGUCUUGA